AUGUCUUCUUGGAUCUGCGUUAGCGAAGAUAAGCAAAAAGGAAAAAAUCAAAGAGGGGCGACGAUGUGGGAACGUGUGCAGAAUAUGUAUCAUGAAGCUCAAAAAGAAAAUCCAGAUGAGAUCAGCCCAAGGAAUAUCGAAUCAAUGAAAGGUCAUUUUAAACGACUUAAUGAAAAUGCAAACAAGUGGAUCGCUGCUUGCAAAGAAGCAAAUGCUAGAAAAAGAAGUGGAAUGAGCCAGAAAGAUAUAGAGAUGGAAGCUCACUCAAUUUAUGAAGCAGGUGGCAGUAAAUUCCAAGACUUGGUUGUUUUCAAUGAUGUUAUGAGUAAACAUCCGAAGUGGAACUUAGCAAUCAAUGAAGUUGGUGAUGAUCAAGAAAGUGGCGGCAGCACAAAAAGGUCUAAGACUUCUGAAGAUGGUGAUUACUUUAUCCCGUCCAAUCCAGAAACUCCAACUACUGGCGGAUCUACUAUGUCUCGUCCUACAGGUAGAGAUAAAGCUAAAAGGAAAGGAAAAGGUAAGGCAAUGGCAUCUGAAUCAAAUGAAAUGUAUGAAGAAAUCCGUGCAUUGAGACUUAGUAGAGAUCAUGAAAAUGAGUUAAUGACUGCUAAAAUUGAAUUGGAACGUGAAAAGCUUAAAAUGAAUUCUUUGAAGAUGGAAAAGAAAAUGUUGGUCGCAUUGUUGGCGAAGGACCAUUUGUCUGCAGAAGAGGAAGAGAUGAAAAGCCACCUCAUUGCUAUUUUAUUUCCGAAGUAG